UUGCUGGUCACCUUCUGCGCCUCAUCGAACAGCUCCGUCGUCGAUGAUCUCGGUGUUGGCAGCGUCAUCGCCCUCGAAGAGUCCACCCCAGUUGUCGGUGAUGACGGGCUCCCUUCAAAAACCCUAUAUUAAAUUAAAUGGGAUUAUACAUGACCUAAGAGCGCCGACGUGCUAUGGUAUCAUUGUGUCCUAUAGCAUGGCCAAGAUCAAAUUCACAACCUUAAGGGUGUGUUUGGUUUGAGGAAUGAAUUGAUCUAUCUUCUUCUUACUCCUUAUUUUUUUAUUUGGUUUGUGGAAUAGAAUAAGUUGAUCCAUCACCACCACAUUCAACAUAAGCUAAUAAUUAUUAUAUACAUGAGAAGUGUAUUGAUUCUACCAAAAUUAAUAAAAUGAACUUAUGAUGCAUCACCUUAUUAAGCAUAGGGUGACUCCACAAACCAAACACACCAUAAGUUUCCCACUGCUGGGAGCUAUAUAGCUCAUCUGCUCACAGUAAUAUAUUAAUAUAUGUAUUCUAUGUAUAUAGUAAGACCACAUAUUUUUAUGCUAAAAUGUCUUACAACUUGAAACGAAGGAAAUACAAUUUAUUGCAAAGACUUUCGUACAUACGUCUUGCUAACUGUACUACUAUGGCACACUCCUGAUUAUUUCCUUCAAAACUAAUCCUUGAGAUGACAGCAAGUUGUUGAACUACUAAUGCACGUCACUGAUUAUUCUAGUGUUGCCUUACGUAGUACUGUCCAUCUAAUCUAACUAGUUUCCAAAUCUUUCUGGCGCCCGGACCCCGCCAAAAGGAACACAAAAAAACGCCGCGAAGAUCCGAUUCUAUGAUGAACUGAAGCAAGAAAAAGAGGGAACACGAGGAAUCCCUAACGUUUCCCCCGCUUCGUCGGCGGCCCGCGUACGCGAGCGAACGCGGGUCGCCAUCAUCGUCAUCGUCAUCGUCCUCGUCCACGCCGCGCGCCCCUCGUUCAACUCCAGCGUUCAACGGUCAAUGUUCAAACUCCGCGACCCAGUCUGCAAAGCAGAAAACAAUGCCAUUCGGCAUCCGCCACACGCCGCACACGCACAGGUCUUCUUGCCUUUCGCUCUCCGCCUCUCCCUCCCCGCAAGGCCCGCAACCUAUAUAUCCUCUCUCCUCCCCCAUUUGCCUCAUCGCACUAUCUCUCUCCGCUCCCCUUCACGGUCAGCUCAGCACAAAGGACUCACUUUCAUCGGCUCAACGUUCUCGGCAAGUUGCGGCAGCCGACACAGCAUCAACCAGAGCACGCUUCUACCGGCCGAAAACAAUGGUUCUGGCCAUGUCCCGCGCAGCGAGGGCCGCGUCCAGGCUGGUGCCCGAGAUACCCAUGCUGAGGCGGAGCAGCAAGCAGGCCGCCGCCGCAGCGGAGGAGGUGGCGGUGCCGGCGCAGUUCGUGUGCCCGAUCUCUCUGGACCUGAUGCGGGACCCGGUGACGGCGCCCACCGGGAUCACGUACGACCGGGAGAGCGUGGAGGGCUGGCUGGCGCGCGGGAACGCCAGGUGCCCCGUCACGGGACGGCCCCUGCGGCUCGCCGACCUGGUCCCCAACCACGCCACGCGCCGGAUGAUCCAGGACUGGUGCGUCGCCAACCGCGCCAGCGGCGUCGAGCUGGUGCGCACGCCCAAGGUGCCGCUCAGUGACGCCGCCGCCGCCGAAGCGGUGGCCACGGUGUCGGCCGCCGCGAGGCGCGGGGACGCGGCCGCGUGCGGUGCGGCCGCGGCCAGGGCCAGGGCGCUAGGCAAGGAGAGCGACCGCAACCGGCGCUCCCUCGUGGCGGCCGGUGCCGCGCGCGCGCUGGCCGCCGCGUUCGGGCGCCUCGCCGGCGAGCGCGCCGGCGCGCUGGGCGACGUCCUGGCCGCGCUCACCGUGUUCUUCCCGCUCGACGACGAGGCCCGCCGCUGCAUUGCCUCCCCGGCGUCGCUCAAGUCCCUCGUCUCCGCCAUGUCCCACGGCGAGCUCCCAGCGCGGGCCGGCGCCGCCGUCGUGCUCCGCGAGGUCGCGUCGUCGGCAGACGCGCACACCCUCGAGGCCGUCCUGAGGACCCCGGGCAUGUGCGACGCGCUCGUCGACCUCGUCCGGAACCCCGUCUCCACGCAGGCCACCAAGGCCGCGCUCGUCACGGCCUACUACCUCGCCGCCGCCUCCGACCGCGCGGCGGCGCGCCUCGCGGAGUGCGGCGCGGUGUCGGUUCUCGUGGAGGCCCUCGUCGACGCCGACAAGGGCACGAGCGAGAAGGCGCUGGCCGCGCUGGACGGUGUGCUGUGCGCCGACGCCGGCCUCGCGGCCGCGCGCGCGCACGCGCUGGCCGUGCCCGUGCUCGUCAAGAAGAUGUUCCGCGUGUCCGACAUGGCCACGGAUUUCGCCGUGUCGGCGCUCUGGCGCCUCUGCCGCGCGGGCGACGCCGCUGCCGCCGCGUGCCGCGCCGAGGCGCUCCGCGUGGGAGCGUUCCAGAAACUGCUGCUGCUGCUGCAGGUCGGCUGCGGCGGCGUCACCAAGGAGCGCGCCAGCGAGCUGCUCAAGAUGCUCAACGGCUCCAAAGGCAGCGUCGAGUGCGUCGAGACCGUCGACUUCAAGGGACUCAAGAGGCCAUUUUGAUCGGCCGAGGGACGAAACGAGAUUUCUUUUCUUUUUUGUGAAGAUUUGGUUCGACGUUUAGAUCAGAAGUGUGGAUAGCUGAUACAUACAGAUACAGGCUGCUUAAUUAGUUUUAGGAGAAAAUUUUGACGCUGUAACUGCACAGUCACAUACAUACAUACAUACAUACAAAGAGAACAACACAGAGAAAUUAACAUAGUUUUUCUUUUGACAUAUAUGAUCGACUUUUGUGCAGUUUUUGCAGCCUUUAUGAAAUAAUUUCAUUGCUU